UCGAAAUUCAUUUGUUCUCUCAAACUCAAAUUGCAGGGGACAGAUCCCCAGGGAAGAAAAUAAACUAAUUCAACAAAAAAAAAACUAGACUGAACGCCCAACGGAGUGAGGAGUGAGAGUGUCCUUCUUUCUUUAAACUGAAAAAGGCCAUUGCUUUACAGUUUCAGAGAGUGUUCACAGGUUAGUAACAGUCAUUAAUAGAUUUCCUGGGGUUUUAGCCUUCUGGGUUUUGGUUUUCCUCUUCCUGGAGCCUCAUUUUGAGUUGGGUUUUCGCCCUUCUCUGUCAGAUCCUCAAAUGCGGCGGACGUUGACGUCGUUUCCCCGCCGGCUGCUGGCGUCGGCGCGGGAGUUCUCUACUAGCUCCGAGAAAAUCGUAGCCUCCGUCCUCUUCGAGAGGUUGCCCGUCGUCGUUCCCAAAAUCGAACCGUCGGUUUACGCUUUCCAGGAGUUCUCAUUUCGAUGGCAGCAGCAGUAUUCCCGCAGAUAUCCGGAUGAGUUCUUGAACAAAUCCAACUCUAGGGCGCAAGGUGAAUACCAAAUGGAGUAUGUUCCAGCCCCAAGGACCACAGAAGCUGACAAAGCAAAUGAUCGAAAGUCACUUAACAGGGCAUUGGAUAGAAGGCUUUACCUUCUUCUGUAUGGAAAGUUGCAUGGAUCUUCUGAUGGCAAACCCGUCUGGCAUUUCCCCCAGAAGGUUUAUGAUUCCGAAGAUACAUUACGCAAGUGUGCUGAGACUGCAUUACAGUCUGUGUUAGGGGACCUCUCCCACACAUAUUUUGUGGGUAAUGCUCCUAUGGGUCACUUGGCGGUUCAGCCUGCAGAAAAGGCACCGGAACUCGGUUACAAGCAAUUCUUUUUCAAGUCCCAGGUGAUUGCAACGAACAAGUUCAAAAUAGGCAAGUGUCAGGAUUUUGUGUGGGUGACCAAGGACGAACUGCUAGAGUUUUUCCCAGAGCAUGCUGAAUUCUUGAACAAGAUGAUUAUCAGCUGAUUCCCUAUGAUGCAUCGCUCGGUUUUUGAUGAGUCGGCCCCUUGUUUUGAUACCAACAAGUGCGGCUUGAUUUCCUUUUUUGCUUGUUUCCAGAAUAAAGAAUUAGGCUUUGUUGAAACGUUGGCCUCAGCUUACUAAUGUUUGAUUCUAAAGAAUUACUCUUGAUUACACGCCUAACUACGACAUGAGACACACACUAUGUAUAUACAAGAAAUGUAAGUUAGUUCCGGUUGCCGCCAAGCAACGGAACAUCUGCAGUGUCCUACUGCUCACACUCCACAGAGUCUGCUAAAUCUUCAUAUUCAGAUGGCUUGGCUGACAAUUUCAGAUUGCGAGUUCUGUUGGACUCCUUGGUAUAAGAAGCAGUCUUCAUUUGCUCUCUACUCCCUUAUCUUUCGUCACUGCAUGCCAGAGAAGGGAUCCUAGUUGCAUGAGUGAGGAGACUUUGUUCAAUGUUUUCAGCAUAAUUUAUCACAUGAAGAGUUUGCAUAAUACUAGACCGUGGAAUGGUUAGAUUACUCGAGAGAGGACCCCAUAAGAAGAUUACUAGAUACCUACCGCGAGUACAUGUCUUGAAUCUGUCGAAUUGUAGCUGCAAUCUUCUCGCUAAUUCUAGAUACCAACAGCGGCUGCUACAGGUGUAUUGCAGAGCUUUCAGCUUAGUUUCAACCCAAGCAGAACUGGAUAAACCAGUUCUGGAAAAUGAAGCAUCAAAUAUAAAUUAUUUUACAAUGGAUCUUUUUAGCUCUAUUUCAUUUCCCUUUUCCAGCAUGUUCACAGCAUGAUCAUACAUUGUUUAUCACUAUUGCAGAGUUGGCAGAACUGCAAGUUUAGGUGACAACUGAGAAGGGAGAUUAUAUACUAUUUGUGCAGAACAGCGCGUGGAGGAAAGAAGUCGGUGUUCUUAGAAUUACACCAUUGGUUGUCUAACUCUGCAGAAUGUUGAAUCACAUAGCCCCUGCUGUGUAGGAAGAGCAACCAUCUCUAGCCAAAGCAAUUGAACUGAGGAUUGGGGAGAGGCCGCGCGAACGCAGGCCCCCGCUGCCACAAAUUAUGACGUAGGCUCUUCCACUUUGGGAAGACCUUAGCCCAGCACCCCUCCGGAAUGUGCAAUGGAGGUCACUAGCCUAGACCACAGGCCUUAUUGAUCGCCCGUAGAUCCCGUCCAGGUAAGUAUGUUGCUCGGUAGCACUUAGCUACCAUUUUAUGCCCCUUUCCUUCCUCUGGAACUCUAUUAUGCUCCCGAUGUGGUAAUCCCACUCUCCCGUCCAUGAUCCAUCCUACUACCCAUUCCUUUGUAUGUUCAAUCAACAAGACAACAACUU